AAAAGUAAGGCCGACAUAGAAUUCCUUUCUUGGCAAAUGUGAUUUGAAAAAGAGCAUUUGCCCCUUUCAGGCUGGUUUCCCUUAUCCUAAAAGAAAGGCAGGGAUCUUAUCAGUUACCUGUCUCUGUCUCCAGGGCUGGGUAUACAGUGGCACUUGAUAAAUGCACAUUGAGUAAGUGGCCAAAUGAUUUCCAAGAGCCCUUCUGGCUGAAGUCUGAUCUUGUGUUUGGGGUUAGGUGACUCAUAAUAAGAGAAUGAGUGUUGUUAACUUGGAGACCGUGCUCGCCGCGGGCUGGGGUAGUCAUGGGGACUUUUUGGAGGUGGAGGACCUGGACUGGUGAAGGCAGGGUAGGCCGUGAACAGGGCGGGGAGGCAGGGUGCACAGAUCGCAGCGUUGGAAUGGGAACUGCACCAAAAGCAGAAGAUGCGAGAAGUUGACGCACGGAAAUGUGUCGACUGCCCUGGCUUGGGAGCCAUGGGUGGGGAGCCCUGGGGAGCGAGUGCUAGAGGAUAUAACGCCGUGUGGUUGCCUGUGCGGUGUAAGCAGGCAUGUUCUCAGCAGGGAGCGGUUUUGCCCCCCAUGGCCUCUGGCCCCGUCUGGAGACAUUUUUGGUUGUCACAGCUGAGGAUGAGGGGCCGUGAUGGGCACCUAGUGGAUGGAGACCAGGAACGUUCCUAGACGUCCCACAGGGCACAGAGAAUGAUCUGGCCCCACCUGUCCGUAAUGCCAAGAUUGAGAAACCUAGGUAUAGGGAAAGCGUGUGGGCCUUAAGACCCGUUAGGUGUAGGUUUGGUGCCCGUGUGCCCCACUCCCCAGCUGGGCAGGCAGGAGCCUGACCUGCAGGAGAUGUGGGGAGAAGUGGAGGAGACUGCGCAUCGUGUGGUGGGGGGAGAGGAUGGCGGCCCGGAGGGCAGUGGUGGAGGACAGGAGAUGUGACCAGAUCGGAGAUGUUUUUGAAGCCUGAGGUGACAGUACUUGCUGAUUGCACGUGGGCUGAAGGAGACAGGAAUCAGGCUGGGGACGAGAUUUGUGGCCUGAGCCCCUAGGUGGACGGAGGUGUCACUGGCUGCGGUGGGAGGAGGGGCAGGUUUGGACGCCUGCUGGGAAACAGGAGUCCGUGCUGGGCAGGCUAGGGGUGGGUGCCGGACACUAGGCAUCCAGGUGCGGACAGACAGUCGGCCACUGGCUAUUCCUCUGGAGUUGACGACGAGGUCAGAGGGAGGGCUACACGCUGGGGAGAUGUCAGCUUAUUGCUAAUAAAAGGUAAUCGGCAAUAAAAUGUGUUUCGACGUGUAAGUUCCCGAGUCCAAGGAUGCUAGAAGCCGCGAGGAAGCAGUCCAUGCUUUCACCACCCCACAGAACCCCCGGGAACGCGGUAGCUCCUGUGCUCAGCGCCCCAGCCACGUUUGAGCGUGACAGCUCAAACACCACGUGUGCCAUUGCUGUGGAUGUCGUGGUUUCUCCAAACCGUUUAUCAAAAGCAGUGCCGUCUCCUCGGUGUACGUGGCAAACGAAUUUCAGUGCAUUGUGGAACCACGGAAAGACUGCUCUGUGUCACAUUCUCCGCCCUGGGGACGUGUGAGCCCUGCGUCCACUUAAUCAUGGAGAGGGUUGGCCUGGGCCACCAGCCCCUUAGGUGAGGACUCUGCCUGGGGCUCCGUGGACGAUUCUGAAUCAUGGAGGCAAAGAGGACUCUUCCGGCCAGGAGACCUUCCUGUUGAAAGUUGUGGCCCAGCUUGGCCGGCCCUUCCUGCCGGCUGUCUUCGGGAGAGGCUCCCACCGACCCAGAGCUAGGGGGUUGCGGCUUCCCCGGAUGGGGAGGUGGGCCUUCGACGUGGCCUUUGUGUGGAAGGCGGUGUUGACUCUGGGGCUGGUCCUCCUCUAUUACUGCUUCUCCAUCGGCAUCACCUUCUACAACAAAUGGCUCACCAAGAGCUUCCACUUCCCCCUCUUCAUGACGAUGCUGCACCUGGCCGUGAUCUUCCUGUUCUCUGCCCUGUCCAGGGCGCUGGUUCAGUGCUCCAGCCACAGGGCCCGCGUGGUGCUGAGCUGGACGGACUACCUCAGGAGAGUAGCUCCCACAGCACUGGCAACAGCGCUUGACGUGGGCUUGUCCAACUGGAGCUUCCUCUACAUCACCGUCUCGCUGUACACGAUGACCAAGUCCUCCGCUGUCCUCUUCAUCCUGAUCUUCUCACUGAUCUUCAAGCUGGAGGAGCUGCGCGCAGCGCUGGUCCUGGUGGUCCUCCUCAUCGCCGGGGGCCUCUUCAUGUUCACCUACAAGUCCACACAGUUCAACGUGGAGGGCUUUGCCUUGGUGCUGGGGGCCUCGUUCAUCGGCGGCAUCCGCUGGACCCUAACCCAGAUGCUCCUGCAGAAGGCCGAACUUGGGCUGCAGAACCCCAUUGACACCAUGUUCCACCUGCAGCCACUCAUGUUUCUGGGGCUCUUCCCUCUCUUUGCCAUAUUUGAAGGUCUCCAUUUGUCCACGUCUGAGAAAAUCUUCCGUUUCCAGGACACAGGGCUGCUCCUGCGGGUACUAGGGAGCCUCUUCCUUGGCGGGAUUCUCGCCUUCGGUUUGGGCUUCUCCGAGUUCCUCCUGGUCUCCAGAACCUCCAGCCUCACUCUCUCCAUUGCUGGCAUUUUUAAGGAGGUCUGCACUCUGCUGCUGGCAGCUCACCUGCUGGGGGACCAGAUCAGCCUCCUGAACUGGCUGGGCUUCGCCCUCUGCCUCUCGGGCAUAUCCCUGCACGUUGCUCUCAAAGCCCUGCACUCCAGAGGUGAUGGGGGCCCUAAGCCCUCGAAGGGGCUGGGCUCCCACCCCGACCUGGAGCUGCUGCUCCGGAGCGGGCAGCCAGAGGAGGACGACAAUGAGGAAGAAGAGGCGUACUUCGUGGCCCAGGGGCAGCAGUGACCAGCCGGGAGACCAGCUUGGAGGCAGGCCUCUCCCCGCCCUCACACCUCACAGCAGCUCGGGGACCCGGGGGGCCCUUCGCGGCAGCUGGGGAGCAGCGGGCCAGGCCUCUCCCAGGCCGGGCCUUGGGGAGCGCGCGACCGCCUGGCGGGGCUCGCUCGGGGAGCUGAGGAGACUGCGGGGUGCGCGUCGGGCCAGAGCAGGGCCGAGGCCGUGCUGGAGGCCCAGCGGGACGAGGGAAUGGGCGGUCCUCGGCCGCUUGCCAGGCUCUGGCGGCCGAGGUGGUGCUUUCCGGAGCACAGCGGGUUUCUUGGGGCACUGGGUUUAGACUGCGGACACUGGGAAGGGGAGAAGGAGAGGCUGGAGCCUCAUCACCUGGACAGCGUCUUUUCUCGGAGAGCAGAUCUAUUUAUAGUUUGGAAAUAAAGGAUUUACGGUCCGCCGGCCA